AUGCUCUCCUCCCUUGAGAAGCGCGGCGGCCCCUACGCCUCCACCUCCGCUGGAGUAGGAGGUCUUCCAACCAAUGUCCCCGAUACUAUCAUCUGCGCCAUCUUCCUCGUCAUGUACAUUGGCUUUGCAGUGACCAACAUGACGAUCCUCCAGAAGAACAAGAGACGGGGUCACAAGUUCAACCUGUCGGGCAUGCUGUUUGGCUUCUGCAUGGCACGAAUCACUACCCUCACCCUGCGCAUCGUCUGGGCCAACCGUCCGCAUAACGUCCGCCUCGGUAUCGCCGCCAACAUCUUUGUCAACGCGGGCAUCCUCCUGGUUUACAUCAUCAACCUGAUCCUCGCUCAACGCAUACUCCGGGCAAAGCAACCUCAUAUUGGAUGGCAUCCCAUUCCACGCAAGGGCAGCAAGGUCUUCUACUGGCUCCUCCCCGCCGCGCUCAUCAUGGUCAUUACCGCGAUUGUGGUCAUGUUCUACACGCUCGACCCGGUUACCCGCGCCGACUGCCGCGACGUGCAGCUUACUGCCAUCACCUACCUUUUCUUCUUCACUUGCCUCCCACUGCUCCACAUCAUUCCAGCAGUCGCACUUCCCCGGUCCAAGCAGGAAGAGACAUUCGGCGAGGGAAGCAUGCUUGCCAAGAUCGUUAUCCUCACUGCCUCUACUUGCCUGUGCAUCCUGGUUUCCGGUUUCAAGAUGGGUAGUCUCUAUCGUCCGCUGAGGCCCGUCUCAAACCCGGCUUGGUACCACGGCAAACCAGCCUUUUACGUCUUCAACUUCGUCCUCGAGAUCAUGAUCCUCUGCCUGUUGACAUUCAGCCGCAUCGAUAAGCGUUUCUGGAUUCCCAACGGAUCCACCAAGCCUGGCGACUAUAGCGGGAUGGGAAAGGAGUCUGGAGACGAGUCUUCAGAGCGGACGAUCGCCGCCACGGCGGAGCCCAAGGCGCAGGCUUGA